GAUCUACCUACUUCUUCCCUGUACAGGUACCCAAUGGCUAUGGCAUUACGAUGCUUUAGGCAUCUGCACUCCCUGCUUCAUUGCUCUUCACUCACAGUGGUGAGGCGGCUGCCACAGCCCCCAACACGCUGCACAGCUCUGCUCCUGGAUGGCUGCAGGCACUGUGCCCACCCGCUGCUGCUGGCCAGGCCACUGGCUACCAAAAAAGCUAAAGGUAAAGGGCAGACACAAGCCAAAGUGAACAUCAGUGCUGCCUUGGUUGAGGAUAUUAUCAAUUUGGAGGAAACCAGCGCAGACAUGCAGGCAGUGGUAGAAGCUCUGAAAGAAGAUUUCAACAGAAAUCUCAAUGUCAGAACCUCACAAGGGGCCCUUGACCACAUCAUUGUCACAACAAAAGAUGGGAAGUUUCCACUGAACCAGCUGGGGCAGAUCUCACAGAAGUCCCCUCAGCUCAUUGUAGUGAACAUGAUCAAUUUUCCAGAGAGCACAGCUGCAGCUAUGAAGGCUAUAAGGGAGAGCGGAAUGAACCUGAACCCUGAAGUGGAUGGGACACUAAUUCGGGUGCCAGUUCCUAAAGUAACCAGAGAACACAGGGAGGGCCUGGCCAAGCUCGCCAAGCAGUCCACCAACAAAUCCAAGGAAGCCUUGAGAAAGGUGCGAAGUAAAAGCAUCAACCAGGUGAAGAAGUUCAAGAGCAAAGUGUCUGAGGACACCAUCUGGCUGCUAGAAAAGCAGAUCCAGCAAAUGGCAGACAGUGCUGCAGCAGAGAUGGACAAGCUGCUGGCAGCGAAGACCAAGGAGCUGCUUGGAUAAACACCACGUGUGGACACACUCCCCUUCCAGCAAGAAUGGACUGCCCUGUAUCCGCUGCCAUCCCAGCCUGCAGCCAGGCAGCCUCAGGUGAUGGGCAGGGGUUGCUCUCCCAGACCUGGGCACUGGGAGCCCCUGGCUGCUGAGAUUUCUGAUCCCGGAUUGUACGGGAGGGAGGGGGAAUGUCUCUGCUGUUCUUCAUUCAAGUGUCAACAGAACUGGGUGAAGUAAGAUUAAAAAUAAAAUAUUAAGGACAAUUGGAGGCUACUGAAAGGAUUCCCACAGCAUAAGCUGUGACCUAGGAGGUAACACUGCCCUCUGCUUCAGGUAGCAGUUCAGCAAGAGUUGAAGCUCAAGCCUCCAGAUGCAUGACCACCUCACCAGUCCAUUUCCUGCAUGUCUGACCCUCGGCAGGCUGCAGUCCCUCUGUACAGCCCCGCUCUGUUGUUUCUAACAACUCUCAAGCUAUGCUGGUAGAAGAAAGCACAACAUGGAGGGGAAAUCCAACAGUGUUCUUGUGUGAUCCUUAUCAUUUAUUCUUGCUCAAAAUAAAGUCCAGGUCAGCCUGGGAGCUUUGCAAAGCCAUCAUUUGCCCACAUGUGCUGCUGGUGGCAUGCUCCAGAGGAAAGGAGGAAGAAGCAGAACCGGGUUCUGAGCAUAUACCUCAGCCCUUGGUUGCCAGCAGGUACUUCCCAACAGCAGGAAACAGCCUCAGGCAACAGCUAGAGGGAGGGAAGGUGGUGGCCAGCAGCACAGCCCCUCUCCCAGAGCACUUGGGUUCAAAGAGCACCAAGUGCUCUGCAGUCCUUAAAUAAACAACUCUCAAAAAGUUAGUUUGUGUGCAGUGGGGAGGGGGACAAGGAUGAAGGAUUUGCUCUGCUAGGGCCCCACAUGUCAACAAUUUCUCUGCUUUGUGUAUUUUGGCCAAAGCACUUACCAUGAUAAAUGAAUAAAGGAAAAUGGCAAGCCCAG